AUGGCAGAAGCAGGCAAUGGAUACGAAUUGAGAAUUCGAUAUUUGCCAAAAGGAUUUCUAAACCAGUUCACGGAGGACAAACCAACUCUAAAUUUUUUCUAUCAGCAGGUGAAAAAUGACUAUAUGUUAGAAAUAGCAGAUCAAGUGGACCAGGAAAUUGCUUUGAAACUAGGUUGCCUUGAAAUCCGGAGAUCCUACGGAGAGAUGAGAGGCAAUGCAUUAGAAAAGAAGUCCAACUAUGAAGUGUUAGAGAAAGAUGUUGGUUUAAGACGUUUUUUUCCGAAGAGUUUACUAGAUUCAGUGAAGGCCAAAACGCUGCGAAAAUUAAUCCAACAAACAUUUCGACAAUUUGCCAACCUCAAUAGCGAAGAAAGUAUUUUGAAAUUCUUUGAGAUCCUCUCUCCAGUGUACAGAUUUGACAAGGAAUGCUUCAAGUGUGCUCUUGGUUCAAGCUGGAUUAUUUCAGUGGAACUGGCAAUCGGCCCAGAAGAAGGAAUCAGUUACCUUACAGACAAGGGUGCAAAUCCAACUCAUCUAGCAGACUUUAAUCAAGUGCAAACGAUUCAGUAUUCAAACAGCGAAGACAAGGACAGAAAAGGGAUGUUGCAACUCAAGAUAGCAGGUGCACCUGAGCCUCUGACAGUGACAGCACCAUCCUUAACCAUUGCAGAGAACAUGGCUGACUUGAUAGACGGAUAUUGCCGACUGGUGAAUGGAGCUACGCAGUCCUUUAUUAUCAGGCCACAGAAAGAAGGUGAAAGAGCUUUACCAUCAAUACCAAAGCUGGCCAACAAUGAGAAGCAAGGAGUCAGGUCACACACAGUCUCUGUCUCAGAUGAAAUUAGUGGGGACGAGACAGAUGACUAUGCAGAGAUUAUAGAUGAAGAAGAUACUUAUACAAUGCCAUCCAAAAGCUAUGGAAUAGAUGAAGCCAGAGAUUAUGAAAUUCAAAGGGAGAGAAUUGAACUGGGGCGCUGCAUUGGCGAAGGACAGUUUGGAGAUGUACACCAAGGAGUUUACAUGAGUCCG